AUGGCUAGAACUAAAUAAACUGCAAGAAAAUCAACAGGUGCAAAAGCUCCCAGAAAAUAAUUAGCUUCCAAGGCUGCAAGAAAAUCAGCACCUGCUACUGGAGGAAUAAAAAAACCCCACAGAUUCAGACCAGGAACAGUUGCAUUAAGAGAAAUCAGAAAAUAUUAAAAAUCAACUGAUUUAUUAAUUAGAAAACUCCCUUUUUAAAGAUUAGUUAGAGAUAUUGCUCACGAAUUUAAAGCAGAAUUGAGAUUCUAAUCUUCUGCAAUUCUUGCCUUAUAAGAAGCUUCUGAAGCUUACUUAGUUGGACUUUUCGAAGAUACCAAUUUAUGUGCCAUACAUGCAAGAAGAGUUACUAUUAUGACUAAGGAUUUAUAAUUAGCUAGAAGAAUUAGAGGUGAAAGAUUUUGAAAAACUAAAUAAUAAAUGUUUUUAAUUCUUUUUUUAUUUUAUUUAUUAAAGAAUAUAGGUUAUUUUAAUGUUUUAUUUUUUAUUUUGUACUUGUUUUUAUUUUUAAAGAAAGGUU